ACACAUAAUAAUUAUACGUUACAUUUAUAUGUACCACGCGAUAAAUUAUCUGCUACAAGUGUCAAACCAUUUGUAUUUUUUGGUUACUUUACAAAGAAUAUAUUUGUUGGAAAUAUUGGUAAUAUACAAGCAGAUG